UGAAGGCGGAAGUUAAGCGUGAAGUCAUUUUGGUUUAGUUUGAUCAGCGAUGAGUAAAAAAGACAACGGUGCGUCGCUCAUCCUCGCCUAUCUGAACGAGAAGAACCGGCCUUACAGCGCUCAGGAUGUGUUUUGUAACCUACAGAAGCAGCAUGGCUUGGGCAAAACUGCCGUGGUCAAAGCCAUGGAGGUUCUGGCUUUAGAGGGCAAGAUAAAGGAGAAAACGUAUGGCAAGCAAAAGAUUUAUUUUGCUGAUCAGGCUCAGUUCAAAGAUGUAAACGAUGCAGACCUGAAGGCGAUGGACUGUCAGAUCUCAGAGCUCAGUGCGGAGGCCCAGUCAUUCACACAGAGCUGCAGACAGUUAGAAGCAGAGCUGAAGGAGCUCAACAGCUCGCUGACGACAGAGGAAAUGGUGUCAGAGAUCCAGCAGCUGAAAAGCGAGUGUUGUGGUCAGAGAACGCGCCUGGAGAAGAUAAAGUCGGCCACAAAUCACGUCACACCUGAGGAGAAGGAGAAGGUUUACAAAGAGAGGACUAUUUACGUGAAAGAGUGGAAAAAGAGGAAGAGAUUGGCUUCAGACAUGAUGAAUGCCAUCCUGGAGGGAUAUCCAAAGAGCAAAAAGGAGUUCCUGGAGGAGGCCGGAGUAGAGACCGAUGAGGACUAUAAGGUGGUCGUCCCAAGUACUUGAAAGAACAUAAAAAAAACGCUCAGGUUCAGGUACUUGGUCCAAAUGUUCACCUGUAGGUUACAAACACAUCAUAGCGGUCUGAGCCACAACACGUUAUAUUAUAGACCUUCAUUUGAAAUGAAUAGUUAAUGAUUUGAAUGGAAGCACUGACGUAUGUCCUACAUUACAGGUGUAUAUUGUUUUACAGGUGUAUAUUGAUAUAUUGUUCUCGUUACAUGUUUAAGUUCAUUUUUCUGUCAUGUUUUUUGAUGAAUGUAUAUAUGAAAGACUCAUGCUGUAAUAAAGCAUUAAUGGUUA